GCUCAGGGCUAUUUGAACACUUUUACCAACACCAGACCACAGAGGAGUCACAGAUCAUUGCAGCAUACAGGAAAGCCGACAUGUCCGACAGCAGCGUCACGAAAAAAAAGAAGGAGGCGGAUGAUGAACAGGAUGCUAAACUGCUGGUGGAGCAGAGUCCCACAGAUGGAGAGAUAACAGACCAGAAAGUGAUGGCAGGAGAGGCUUUGGACAGGAGGAACAUCUGGGAGCCGAGUGUCUACUACGCCCUGGGGAGGGAGACUUUUUUAAUCGCUGGUCAUGACAUCAGCAUCCGCGAAUCAAUGGAUGCUUACGGCGCUCUGAUCUGGCCGGGGGCCAUAGCCUUGAGCCAGUUCUUGGACAACAACCAGCAACAAAUGAGCAUGAUGGACAAGGCGGUGCUGGAGAUCGGAGCCGGGACCGGCUUGCUCUCAACAGUGGCCGGUCUGCUCGGUGCUUGGGUGACAGCUACUGACCUGCCGGACAUCUUGCCCAAUCUGACUUUCAACCUUCUGCGGAACACCAAGGGCCGGUCCCGCUACGCCCCUCAGGUGGCUGCCCUCACCUGGGGCCAGGACCUGGGGCGAGACUUCCCCUACCCGUUCUUCCAGUACGACUACGUGCUGGCAGCGGAUGUGGUCUACCCCCACGGCUGCCUGGAGGAACUGCUGGAAACCAUGCGUCACUUCUGCCGACCGGGAAGUCGGACGACGCUGCUGUGGGCCAACAAGGUGCGCUUCCCGUCCGACUUGAGGUUCACGGAGUGUUUUAAGAGCAGUUUCAACUGCACGCUGGUCCUUGAGCUCCCACAGCAGAAGGUGAGGAUCUACAAGGCCACAGCCAAGGAGUGAUGGAAGGAGG